GAAAAGGACUAAAGGAGGGAGGCUAGAAUCGGGAGAAAUUAUCGGCUAGGGUUUGCUCGCUUCUCCUUGCUGUUGUAUCGGCGGUACGAUUGGCGGCGAGGGAAGAUGUCCAAGAAGAACAACCUCGCCAAGAGGAAGAAGCAGCACGAGUUCGACCUCCAAAGGGAGAAGGAAGCCAAGGAGAAGCAGUCCAAGAAGCUGCAAGCCAAGAAAUCCAAGAUGAAGAUCGAUGGUGGUGAAAUGAAUAGAAAGGGUGGUAAAUUUAAGGUUGGCAAGAAAAAGGUGAAGACGAAACUUACAGCCUUAACGAAAGCCAAAGCUGCACAAGCCAUGGAGGUCGACAAGUGAUUGCAGAGCUUUGCUUCAUAUAAUCUGCAUUCCAUUGGCUAAAGUGUUCAGCUGAUGUUGAUUUUCUGAACGAAAUGAGAGGGUUCUGUCCUCAUAUGGAUAGCAUUUGCUGGGACCAGAUUUCAUGUAGCCUAGGCAACUCCCUCCCAGUGCAGCUUGUUACCCUUCUCUGUUGCUGGUUUCUACUCCUGUAGUGGUAGAGUAUAAACGAGCUUGUCCAAAGCAAGAAGACGGCUGAAAUAUUUCUUCUGUGAGAUGGUUACCGUCUUGGAAUAUUUUUGUCUCGAUUUCUGGUUUGUGA